AUGGCCAAACGCAGCAGCUGCAAGGCGCAGCAGGCCACGGUCGUCACGGCGGUGAGCGGCGGCCCACCCAAGAAGAGCAGGCUAGCAUCGACGUCGGCCCCGCGGUUCUUGCCGGACGACGUCGUCGGCGAGGUGCUGCUGCGCCUGCCGUCCAAGUCGCUCGCGAGGCUCCGCUCCGUCUGCCGCUCUUGGGAGCCCCUCAUCUCGUCGUCCGCCUUCGUCGAGAGCCACCAUGCGCUGGCGGCGGCGAAGCGGCCCACCAAGUUUGCCUUCGCACCGACGGCGCCGCCGCACCACUGGAACCUGUUCCCGGGCUACGACGUGCCCUGCCGCGAGUGCCCGAGGAUCAUCGGGCCCAAGCCCUGCCGCGGCCUCGUCCUCCUGGGCCAGCGGUGCACGCGCACCUACUCCGUGUGCAACCCUUCCACCGGCAGCCGCCUCCGCCUGCCGCCGUGCCUCACGGGGUACUCCUACCUCAAGAGCUGUGCGGGGAUCGGCUUCCACGAACCCACCGGCGACUACAAGGUGGUUGUGAUCGCCUCGCCCACGGACUACAGGCCGAAGCGCUGCGAGGUGCUGACCGUCGGCGACCCCGCCGGCUGGAGGGCACCGGCGGGGGAGGGAAGCUGCAGCAUGCCCGCCUCCUUCGACGUCCAAAACAUGGAUCCUGUCUUCGCAAAUGGCUGCCUCCACUGGGCGCUCCGCGGCGCGUCACGCGUCUCCAAGAAUCACGGCGCUGUCCUCACCUUCUCCCUCGCCGUCGAAUCCUUCCGUAGAGUGCCUCUGCCGCCGUUCACCAAAGACGAUGUCCGCAGAUGCUUCAUCGACGACUCUAAUCCCUAUGCCGAGAACCCCCGGAAGCCGGGAUACAUAAAAUGCACGACGCCGACGGGGCCCGUCCUCGCGGAGCUCGGCGGACGCCUCUGCAUGCUGCGCGACCUCCGCCACCGCGACGACAUGGACGGCACCUUCGAGGUGUGGAGGCUCGAUGACUAUGACUCCGGCGCGUGGUCCCUGAGUUACCGUGUCGACCUGGCCGAGAACGCCGCGAAGCGGCUGAUGACGACGUGGUUCGUCGUGCCGCUCUGCUACCUCGCUGGCGACGGUGACUCCUCCGAUCGGAUCAUGCUCGCCACCACUAUGCAGGAGGUCCACGUGUAUGAUCCCAGGACCCGUACGCUUGAGACGGUGGUUUCUGUGCUCGAUGCUGAUGAAGCUACUACAAGUCCAAAUCGCGAGAAUUUUACUGAAUUUCAACAGGAAUCCACAUUUUCCUUAUGUGACCGUAGCGAGGAUUUGCCGAGUUCAAAAGAUUUCCUAAGCUUCGUGAUGUUCCAAGAAAGCCUCGUCCAUCUGGAAGGCAUGGAAUACGGCAAUAGUGAGCUCGAAAUAUUGGAUGUGUGUAAAUGA